AUUUGUCUCAUUGUACCUCUAUUGCAUGCUUUUCUCUCUGUCUCUCUCUCUCUCACACCUCACUCUCAGUCAUUCCCCAUUCCUUCCUCAUUUCCUCGCCAUUCCUCCUCAUUAAUCGCUCUAUCAUCCUUGACUUCUUUGAACUUUAGUUUCUUUCAUCUUAAUUAUUAUUCUUCUUCUUCUUCUUCUUCCUCUUCUUCUUCUCCUCUCUCGCUCAUUUUGUCUAUUCAACUUAUCAAGGAAACUGUGCCUGAACAUAAUUAUUUUGCUAUUCCAGAGUAAUUCCAUGCUACCCAUAACUGCUAACUCCUCCACCACUACGACUACUGCUACUGUCUUGGACUCGCCCCAAAAGAAGAUCCGUGACCUUGUAGUCGCCGCAAAGGUCGACCGAGACCCAAGCAUUUCGCCCAAGCAAUAUGUUCGCUCCGCUGAAAAAAUCCUCAACUCUGCUCACUUUGCACGAGUCAGAGGAGACAUGGAAGAAGCAUUUGUCCUUUAUGUCAAGGCUUCAACCAUUGUUCUUGAGGUUGUGACGCAUGACAAAGACUUUGAAAAGUAUAAGACAGAUCAAGAAUACGUGGCGAUCAAAAAGCGGAUCGUGGAAUUAUUUUCAGACACAGAAAAGAUUAAAGACCUACUAAUGGCAAAAUAUGAAAGUAUUCAGGAUGUCGAGGCAAACGCUCUUGUCGCUGCAGCGAAGGCGGGACGUCCAAAACCACCGCCUCGCCCAAACAAACCAGACUUCUUGUCUUCGUCAAGAUAUGAUGGACAAGCACCGAUUCCCUCGGCUUCACCACGUAUACAUUCGUCUUCUGCUCCUACUCCAGGGGCUCUCUCUGUGUCCCAUCCUUCUACGACAUCACAGCAACCAAUCCUCAGCUCUGGAUCAAAUGUCAUGGCGGGAAUUCAAGCGCCGAUAACAUCCAUGUCAAUGUCUCUACCGAAUGGUAUGACUUCUGCUCCAUUAUCCACCACACUCGCCUCGUACAAACCUCUUAUGCCUACAGUCAAUAGUAGUCCAUCGACAUCGCCUGUAGUUGUACCUACCAUGGUAUCUUCAACUGGCAGUACGGGGAACUCUGGAUCAACAGCAUAUCCAGCAUAUCCAGCCUCUACAUCCGCACUCUCAGGCUCAAGUUAUUCAUCACAACUUUCGUCCAGCCCAAUCCCUAUGCCACGGCCAGUCCAUACGAUAACGUCACCAGCAUCCGCACCUACACCCGCGGCUAUUACCAAUGGAAAAAUAAAUGAAGUUGGGAUGAGUCUUGAUAACACGCCUCCUUCCACUAACAAAGUACAACCCAAUAGUGCAACAAGUAACGGGAGUAAGACUGAAGAAUACAAAUACCCCCUUUCAAUUAAACCCCAAAGGCUUUUGGAGUAUAUGCGGCAACCAAAUCCUCCAGCAUUAUUGCUGAUUGAUGUUCGUAUGCAAGUUCAAUAUGUUAACGCCAGUAUCAAAGCACCCUCCGUCAUCAAUAUUGAGCCGCCAGCCCUUCGAGAUGGUGUAUCGGCAAAAAUUCUCUAUGAACAAGGAUUAUUCAAUAACCCACCAGAUGAAAGGGCGCUAUUUGCGGAGCGAGCAAAGUUCGCCCUUGUUAUAUACUACGAUCAAAGUAGCAUGGAGAUACCAACCUCUGGACCACUUUGCAACCUGUGCAGAGCAUUAGUUGAUCUCGAAUUUGGGACACCGCUGCAAAAAAGACCGGUAUUGUUAGUCGGUGGUUUUAAUGCAUGGCUUGAUUGUGCGGGAAUGAACUGGGUCAAGGGUACUGGCGUGGAUGCUGCAAAGCGAAUUGGACAGACUCCACCACCAAUAUCGGAUAGUAGCGAUGUGUCUUCAAUUAACUCUCGGGAGAGCCUUCAGAACCAACCUGGUCUUCAGCCACAAAGCCAUGCUUUAUUCGCUAAACUUUCACAAGGGGGGGGCAUUAACCGCCAUGAUGGUAGGAUUAUCCGCAGGACCAUUGGGGAAUAUAUUAAGCGUGAUGAUGGUCCGCAAUCGAUGGUGAAUCCGCGGAUCGGAUCAAAUCCGUCAAACCUGUCAAACCCAGCCUAUCCCCCACAAGCAACGCCUUACAGUAGUGUUAACGCAUCUUAUUCCCCACCUCCAUCAAGUCUCAACUCUAUUCCCCCUACUUCCGGCUCUCACGGCGCUACAAUUUCCAAUCAACCGAAUGGAAUUCAUAAUAUUUAUGAUUUGAGAGCUCAGGAUAUGGGGCAGCAAUUGGGUGGCAUGCGUCAACGGGACAAAUCUGCAGCAGGACUUCAAAGACGAUUAACCAUUUAUGAUAACCAUUGGAACAAUUUUGGCGCGUCUGAGAAACCCCAUUCAGGCAAUCCAAUGUUGCCACCGAUCCCAGACAAGAUUCCUAUUUCUGGUACAAGCAUAUUAGGCCCUCCGUCAACUGAUAGUAACACUCCUUCGGGACCUGGUCUCCCAGCUCCUGCACCUAAUGGUGCUACUCGUCCUCCUAUUCCAGUCAAACCCAUGCGCCCACUCCCACAACCCCCAGGAAUGAAUGAUCUCAAGGACUAUACCAAAUUUGGUUCUGGGUUUUCAAAGAUUGGUGGCUCACAGCUCGGAAAGACUGGGUUGACCAACUUGGGCAACACCUGCUUUAUGAAUUCUGUCAUUCAGUGCUUGAUUGCAACACCCCCCCUUUCGCGUUAUUUCUUGGAUGGAAGCUUUAAGCGCAACAUCAAUAUAAAGAAUCCUUUAGGAACACAAGGGAAGCUUGCAGAGGCGUUUUAUGACCUGAUCAGUAGCAUGUGGAGUGGACAGUCGUUAGUGGUCUCGCCAACGAGUUUCCGACUAGCGAUUGGAGGAUUUGCGCCCCAAUUCAAAGGCACGGAGCAGCAUGAUUCACAAGAGUUUUUGUCGUUUUUGUUGGAUGGUCUUCAUGAGGAUUUGAAAGCAGAACCUCGACCACCACCACCAGGGGAUGAUGAAGGCUCAGAGGCGGAUGAUGCACGGAUGGAAUCCUUACCAGAAUACGAGGCUUCUGACAUAGCAUGGCAGAGAUAUCUGAGACGGGACAAUUCGAUCGUGGUCAAGCUCUUCCAGGGGCAGUUCAAGAAUCGCCUCUGUUGCACAAAAUGUGGCAAGACCUCGACUACCUAUAAUGCAUUUAUGUACCUUGCACUGCCAAUUAAGGCAAAGACCACUGGACGGCAACCUCAAACAUUAAUGUCAUGUUUGAAUACAUUCGUGGAGGCAGAGGUGAUGGAUGGUGACAACGCAUGGAAUUGUCCGAAUUGCAAGAAACCACGCAAAGCGACCAAGCAAUUGACCAUCAGUCGCGUGCCAGAUGUGUUGCUUAUCCAGCUCAAGCGGUUUUCAUCCGAUGGUCCGUUUAAAAACAAGAUCAAGACCAUGGUGCAAUAUCCUAUUCAGGAUCUUGAUUUAACCCCAUAUCUGCCAAAGCGACCAAGCGCAAAUGGACUAGUUUCGGAACCUGCGAUCUAUGACCUCUAUGCAGUAUCGAAUCAUUCAGGAGAAGUCAGUAGUGGGCAUUAUACAGCAUGUGUCCGUGGAGAGACCCCUAAUAGCUGGAUUAACUUUGAUGACUCGCGAGUAUCGCCAUGUGACAAGAGUGUAGCAGUGUCCGAGCAUGGAUAUACCCUGUUUUAUGUUCGUAAAAAGUAGAGAUGGGGGCAUAAAAUUUUUUAGAUCUCGACACAGCUUCAGCAAUAGUAAAGAGUCUACCAGCGCCAG